AAAAAGUGUCCUAAGGAAAAUAAACAAAAAAAGAAAAAAGUGUCCUAAGGAAAAUAAACAAAAAAGGAAACAAGUGCCCGAAAAAAAGUGUCCGCAGAAAAUAAACAAAAAAGGAAACAAGUGUCCGAAGAAAAAAAAGUGUCCGCAGAAAAUAAUUACUAGAAAAUAGUGUCCGUAGUAAAUAAACUUCCCUCCCUUAAAAAAGUUCCGCAAUAAAUAAUCAAGUGUCCGAAGUAAAUAAAAACAAAACAAUAUUGUCCGCAGUAGUAAAAAAAAAAUUUUUUUUGUUGUAAGCAAUAAUUUACUAAAAGUGAGAGAGAAAAAAAAGAGAGAGAAAAAAAAUAAAACUAGUGACACAAAGUUAAAGGUGAAUAGAAAGGAAAGUGAAUAAAAGACAAUGAAACCGAAUUCGGACAAUUUUCCGACCCCGCUGGUCCUGACGAUAAUAAUAACAAAGUGCAAUAUUCACUUAAAUCGAUAGAUUAGAAAAAAAGGAGUUGAAAAAAAAUAAAAAGGAAAUUUUCAAUAAAGUGAAAGGAUUUAAAUAAAAAAAAGGGAGGAAAACAGCAAAAAGAAAAAAAGAAUUCAGUGGGAAAUUGAAUUUUUGAAUACUUUCGGUUUAUUAAAAAAAAAAAAAAAGUGUUGCAUUGUUUUUUUUGCGAAAAGUGAGAGUGGAAUUCAGGAAAAAUUACGCCUAACCCGGGUAACGAUAUGUACCCCUGGUACCGGGAGAGCGUCGCCGCGGCUGCCGCCGCCGGGCUUGGUGGCCCGGUAGGAGUUGUCGGUUCCGGAUUUUGCUCCACCGCCCCCGGCCAAGGUGGUACCACCAUCAAAACCGAAAGCGGAUAUUCCGACUGCAUGCUCGCCCUCGACUACGUUCAAAGCAAGAAGGCGUCAUUUGCUUGGACCGAGGGUGGCGAGGAAGGUGGAGGGGGAGGUGGCGGUGGAACCGGAGGAGCCGGAAGUGGAGGAACUGGCGCCACAGGGGGCGGUGGAUUGGCCCAUUGGGUCAGUGUCAUGGCGGAGCACAUUCACAAUCCACAUUCGGCCACCGGAGUCGGUGGUGUUCAUCAUCAACAGCAAUCGCCACCGCAGCCACCCUAUCCCUGGAACAAUGGACUCUCCAGCGAUCAAUGUAAUCCUCACGACAAGGAAAGUGAUUACUGGGGAGGGGGACGAAGUGCAAAGCAGGGCUACGAGCAUUUUUUGUUGCAGGCCAAGAUGAACGCCGACCAUGGCCAACUACAAAAAGGUGACGAUCAAUAUCGUGGAGCGGGCGGAAGUAGUAGCGGAAGUCCCCCCGCGAGUCUUCUCGUUGUACCUCAACCAUUGACUGUUAAACCAUCGCAUCCAUCUCACCUGAACCCACACCUUGGAGGACCACAUAAUCAUCCUCCGCGAAAGUAUCAAUGCAAAAUGUGCCCUCAGAUAUUUGGCAGCAAGGCCGAUCUACAGCUUCACACGCAAAUUCACAUGCGCGAAGCAAAACCCUACAAAUGCACCCAAUGCUCAAAGGCAUUCGCCAAUUCCUCGUACCUGUCGCAGCACACACGCAUUCAUUUGGGCAUAAAACCAUAUCGCUGUGAAAUUUGUCAACGUAAAUUCACCCAAUUAAGCCAUUUACAACAGCACAUUCGCACUCACACUGGCGACAAACCCUACAAAUGUCGACAUCCCGGCUGCACCAAGGCAUUCAGUCAACUGAGCAAUCUCCAAUCGCACAGCCGCUGUCAUCAAACCGACAAGCCCUACAAGUGUAAUUCCUGCUACAAAUGUUUCUCCGACGAGCCCAGCCUCCUCGAGCACAUACCCAAGCACAAGGAAUCGAAACACCUCAAGACCCACAUCUGUCAAUACUGCGGCAAGAGCUACACCCAGGAGACCUAUCUCGCCAAGCACAUGCAGAAGCACGCCGAACGCACCGACAAACGACCGCCAAUCAUCGGCACCGGCUUAAGGCCCUCGAUACACGCCAUGGCAGCCGCGGCCCACCACCAGGACUAUCACUGGCCCAAGGUCAGUCCCGACUCCGUCAUCAGCGAACUCCACGAUCGUCUCCCACACCAUCAUCACCCGGGCGACUAUCACCAACCACAAAAUCCAGCAACCGAUGCAAUGCUCCUGCAUCAGCAGCAUCGCGACGCAAUUGAAAAUGACUCCAGGCAACAAACACCCCAACCAGGUGGCGGCGGCGGUGGAACGACAGUCGUCAAUCAUCCCAACAGUAGUUCAGCAUUCACACCAAUAUCAUCGAUAUCAAUAAAUUCAAUAUCAUCAAUGCAACAUCCUCUCAAUCCACUAAAUCAUUUACAUUAUCCCGGUAGUCAUCAUCCAGCGUCACGACCCUAUUUAUAUGAGGCCUUCAACACACAAAAAGCAAGUCCAACAAGUUCAACGGCAAUGACACCAGGCAGUGGUGCAACAAAUCAAAAUGCCGCGACAUCAUUUCCAAAUCAAUUAAUAAGUUUACAUCAAAUUAGAAAUUAUGCGCAUCAACCGAAUUUAGGUAAUCUCGGACAAUUGGGAAAUUUAAGUAAUUUGAGUAAUUUGAGUAAUUUAAGCGCUAGUAUGGAGAGUCACGCGCUACUUGGCGGUCUCAAGGAUAAGCAGUAAAAAAAAUUAAUAACUAAUCUAGGCAAAAACCGAAAGAAAAAUGCAUUCGCCCUUUUUAUUUUUUUUUCUCAAAAACUAUUGUUCUUUUUCUCAAAAAAAGAAACUUGUUCCUCGAAAAAAAUCCGCGAGUGUUAAAAAUAUUCGUGAGCAAAAAAAAUUUGUAAAAACAACGCGCUUUGAAAGCGAUAAAAAAAAGGAAACAGAGAGAGAGAGAGAGAAAAAAAGAAGCAACAUUUUCAUUUUAUCGAAAAAUAUCGAUUUAUCUCGAAAAUUUUUCGAUACUAUUACAAAAUAAUUUUUGACAUAGGCAAAAAUUUUCAUUUCAAAAAUGAAAAAGUAAGAAAACAGGUCAAAAAUAGUGAAAAAAUGUCGAUACAUCGAAAUAUUUUAAUAAUCAAAAUAUAUCGAUAAUCGAAAUAUAAAAUCGAUAAUCGAGGUAUUUCAAUAGUCAAAGUAAAUAAAUCGAAAUAUUUUGAUAAUCGAAAUAAAUCGAAAUAUACAAAUCGAUAAUUGAAGUUUAUAAAUCGAAAUAUAUCGAUAAUCGAAAGUAUAUACAAUCGUAUUACAACGAUAAUCAAAGUAUUUACAAUCGAAAUAUAUCGAUAAAUAAUCUAUACAAUCAGAAUAUAUCGAUAAUAGAAAUAUAUUAAUAAUCGGCAUAUGUCGAUAGUUAAAAUAUUUCGAUAAUCGACAUAUGUCAAUAGUUGAAAUUUAUCGAUAAUAGACAUACGUCGAUAGUUGAAAUAUAUCGAUAAUCGUAAAAUAUUUAGAAUCGAGUUAUAAGCAUUCAAAAUAAAUCAAUAAUUGAAACAUAAACUAUCAAAAUUAUUGAAAACCAAAAAGUAUCGAUAAUUGAUUAAUUUCUAGUUUAAAACAAUCGUUUUAUUUCGAUAAUCGAAGUAUGUACAAUCGAAUUCAUUCGAUAAUCAAAGUAUUAACUUUCAAAAAAUAAUUUAAAUCGAAAAGUAAUCGAUAUUCGAAAGGUUACGUCGCUCAAAGUAAAAACCAUCAGAUUUUAUCGAUAUUCGAAGUUUAUACAAUCGAAAUAAGUCGAUAAUCAAAGUAUAAAAAUUGAAAUCAAUAAAUAAUCGAAAUAUUUCGAUAAUCGAAGAAUAUAAAUAGAAAUAUAUCGAUAAUCGAAAGUAUAUACAACAAAAAUAUUUCAAUAUACAAAUUAUUUACAAUCAAAAUAUAUCGAUAAUCGACAUAUAUUGAUAAUCGAAAUAUAUCGUCAAUAAAAAUAAAAAAAUCGUUUUUAAACAAUCCAAGUAAAUGCAAUCGAAAUAUAUCGAUAAUCGAAGUAGUAUAACAACUGAUUUAAUAUAAAUUGAAAUAUAUUGAUUACUGAUAUUUUUUUGCUUUUUAAUUUUUUUUUAAAUAUCGAUUAUCGAAAUAGCUCGAAAUCUAAUAUUUUGAUUGUUAUGUAUCAAAUAUUUUUUUCUUCUUUUUUAAAAAAAAAGUUCGAUAGAUCGACAUUUUUUUUUCUUUUUUGAUAAAAACUAAAUCGAUAAAGUAAAAUUACGUCAAUAUAUCGAUAAAAUCGAUAUAUCGAUUUUUUUUAAUUUAAUCGAUAUCGAAUAUAUCAAAAACGGAAUAUUUUAACAAAAAAGAAAAUAUAUUGAAAAUAACUGAUCGAAAAUCGAAUAUAUAUCGAAUACAUCGAUAAAGUCAAAUAUAGAAUGCAUGGAUAUAAUCGAAAUCGAAAAUAUCGAAAAAAUACUUAAAUAUCGAAAUUUAAAUGUCAAAAUUCAAAAUUAUUAAUUUUUCAUUACCGCAAAUAAUUAAUUAGUAAUUAUCGCAAAUAUGGUAAUAAGAAAAAAAUAUGAAAAUAUUUUGUCAAAAUAUGAAAAAUUAAAAAAAAAUAUGUGAAAAAUAGUGGAAAAAUGUUUAUUCUUAUCCUUUAAAAUCUUUCUCUCUCUUUCAGCUGAUUUUGCGAAACAUAAUAUAAACGUCGACUCUUUAUGGAUUUUUGUUAUUUUUAAGUUUUCUUCGUUUUCUUUUUAAUAAUUUUUGUGGAAACUUGUAAUGAAUUAUUAAUAAUUAAUGUUUUUUGUUAAU